CUCGCGAGUGGUCUGAUCAACCCGAUCAUCCCAGGUUUCAACCCGGAUCCUUCAAUUAUCAGAGUCGGAAGCGACUUCUUUCUUGCAACUAGUACUUUCGAGUUCUUCCCGGGUGUCCCCAUUUAUCACUCGACAGACCUGGUCAAAUGGGACAAUAUCGGGCAUGCGCUCAAUCGCCCGUCUCAAUUGAAUCUCCGUGGGACUGCUCCCAGUGGAGGUAUUUUUGCGCCCACCCUUCGACACCAUGACGGCGUCUUUUAUCUCGUGGACACGGCAUUUGACAUCAUUAACCCUCCUGACAAUGUGACUAGAGUACAUCGCUCAUUCUACGUUACCACGAGCGACAUUUUUGACGAAAACAGUUGGAGUGACCCUACUUACGUUGACCAGUGGGGAUUCGAUGGCGAUCUCUUCUUUGACGACGAUGGCAAAGUAUACUUUACAUCCACGUUCUCUGAGUUCGUCGAGAAUGGGAAUUUCGGGAACUGGAUCACUGAAAUCGACAUCACGACUGGCGACUCUUUAAGCAACUCUCGACUGCUCCAUACCACCACAGUGCCUCCCGAGCUUGGAUACCCCUUGACGGAAGGAAGCCACCUUUACAAACUCAACGGAACCUAUUACAUGAUCACGGCCGAUUCGGGAACUGAAGCCAGCCAUAAAGCAAACGUGUAUCGCUCAAACAGUCUUGAAGGGCCAUGGGAUGGAAACCCACAUAACCCUGUGCUCUGGAAUGGCGAAGACAUGUCCCGACCAGUACUUGCAACAGGCCAUGCUGACAUCGUCAACGACACCGAAGGCAACUGGUGGGCGGUGUUUCUCGCAACCCGCCCACAGAACCCACGGAACAGUAGUGGUCUCCCCCAGCUGGGCAGAGAGACUUUUCUCUGUCCGGUCACCUGGGACGAUGAGGGAUGGCCUAUUUUCAACAACGGCAACCCCAUCACUGAAUACGAAGCCGAUGUCCUGUAUGACCUAGACAGGCCUCAAGUCUGGCGAGACGAAUUCGAUGGCGGGCUUGUUGAUAAGUCUUACUACUACUUGAGAACGCCUUACAAGGACUUCAAAGACUUUGAGUCUAGCCCUGGGAAGCUUCGUAUCAGAGGGAAUGUCUACACAUUGAAUGACAGAGAGACUCCCGCAGCCUUGCUUCGCAAACAGGUUGACCUGAACACUACCUUCAGCACAGAGAUAAGCGCGUUUAGUCCCGAGAACUGGAGACAAGAAGCGGGGGCAAGCAUUUAUCUCAGCAUUCACUACCACAACGAAAUCGCUUUGACCUACUCGAAUGCGACCAGCAAGCGGGCAAUUGUGGUUCACACAAGAACGGGUAUCGAUGCAACACUGAACACAACCUAUGUCGAGGAUGAAGAAGUUGCUGCAGGCGCGCCUGUCAAACUCUUCAUUGAGGCGAAGGAUUCUGGCUACCGUCUAGGAUAUUCAACUGGCAGUAGUGACCCCCAGUGGCUCGCCAGUGUCGAGAAUCGAUGGCUACAGUCUUACGUCGAGGGUUGGCAGAAUUUUGUCGGCAGCCAUUUUGCGAUCUACAACACUGGUACUAAACUACCUACAUUGAACUCUGCGGAGUUUGAAUACAUCCAAACUGAGUUGAACUAA